AAAUUUAAAGGUGUUUUCAGAACCAAAAUACAUUGAAGCAGUCUAAAGUACAAUAUUAUGGGUAUUUCAACCAAUAAUCCUGAUCUUCUUAUUUCUUUGAAGCAGCAAAUUUUAGAAUCUCAAACCAAGAAAAAUGUUAUUCCCAACAGAAAUGGAGGGUACGUUAUGAUGAAGAGCAAGAGAAUUAGAAGGGCAUUGAUGAAGAACAGGGCGGGAUUAAGAGGUCGAAGCAGAUCAAGAACAGCUAAUGGAUUUCAGAAAAAAGUUAAAACCCUAAAAAAACUGAUACCUAAUUGUCAAUCCGUGGAAGUUGAAGGGCUAUUUAGAGAGACAGCUGAUUACAUUUUAUCUUUGCAAAUGAGAGUGAAUUUAAUGCAGAAAAUGGUUGAAGUUUUAUCAUCAUCAGGUUCUGAUUCUCAGUGAAAUAGUUCAUUCGUGUAAUUAAAGACCAUUAAUUUUAUUUUGAAUGCUAUUUUUGUGUUAUUUAUUAUAGCCAUAUAUAGGAGCUUCAUCUGUACGUUUACAUAAGGUUUUCAUGAUUUGUUUAAUUAGGUUUAAAACAGGACUUGGUCAUUUGUUGUGUGAAAAAAAUGACUCGUAAGUGAAUUAUUGAAUAUUCACUAUUAUUUCCCACCACUUUCUUUUUAGUUAAAUACUUUGUUAUUCACAAUGUUGUAAUACUAGUAAUUGAUGAACUAUUUUUUUUA